UCUUUAUAACUCACUGUGGCUAGUCGAUCAAUGUGGAUGCAGUCAUGUAUAUGCAAUGUUUCGUGGGUUCUCGCGUACAUUAUAGUGAAUGGGGUCGUUGAAAAAAUAUGACAGAAAAUCGAGGUAAGUGAUCUCAGAGUUUCUACUUAACAUAUUGACUUGAAAUCUUGCAUACAUAUUCAAUAUACAUAGUAUGACAAUGUGUGAAAGUUUCAGCUAGCAUAUUCCUGUUAUAGGGAAGAUAUUUGAACAACAUUUCGUAAACGUCAACAUAUAUGUAUCAAAUGGAUUCAACUAUGUAUCAUUUGGAUUCAGAACGGUAACAAAUGGAUGCUAUAAUAAAUUAUGCUUUUAUCAUGAUGAUUUAUUUACAGAUGGACAACUGGCCAGAUUUUCUUUGUAUCCAUUGUUCGGAUAAACAUUCCUUAUUCAGUGAAGUAAUUAGCCACACCAUUACAAUACACUCUCAUGAAGAAUUGAAAAUUGAUAGACUUUAUAUAGACCCGUCAACUGGAAAAUGCCAUUACAGAAGGAAAAACUAUGGUUUCAUCCCUAAUACUGUUAAUUUGAAAAACGGGUCCAUAACAUGUAAUGGUGACAAUGAAGAUGUUGAAAUUAGGUACGCCAAUCAAGUGAAUUCAGAGCCCAAGAACCAUCAAACCACUGAAAUACCCACAGAUCAAGUUUCAGAGCCAUUAACAUUCCUUGAAAGUGACAAUGAGCAGCCAACAGAUGGACCAUCUGUAAAUCUUGGUGAUUUUGUCAGCUCAGCUGAAAGAGCCUACAGAUUCCUUGAAACAAAUGACCCAAAUUCAAGAAUUAUAUCAUCUAUUUACAAUUUUUUUGAAAUCGUGGUAAGUGGAAUCUUUCCAAUUACCAAUAUAGCAUUAUUAUUGUUUUUGGACACUGUGGACUAUUUCACCGCUCCAUGUGCCAAA